UCCCAGCCCCGUCCAUCAUCCCGUGCUCUGGCCUGCUCAGAGCUCACUCGUCCCCUCGUGUGUACAACCACUACCACGGGUGCCGACCGGCCGUCCAGAUAUCUCCUCCCCACCCGCGCAGCUUCCCGGAAGCUUCUCCCCCGGGAUGGACAUGGGGUCGCCGUCAUCAUCCUCUCGAUCGUACCGUCCUAUCCAUGAUGAUCCGUCCUCACCUCCUCCUCCCUCCCGCUUUAUACAAGAGGCCAGCCAGCGCUCGGCUUCUUGCGCCCCGUCGACGCAGAUACAACGACAGCGACGACGGUUCUUCAUCGACCCACUCCCGGCCGGUCGCUCGAUCAUCGGAGCAUGGCGGACGACGGCGCUGAGGCGUACGAGGACCUGCUGCCGGUGAUGGCGGGGCGGCUGGGCACGGCGGGGCUGCUGUCGGAGCUGCGGGCCGGGUUCCGGCUGCUGGCCGACCCGGCGCGGGGCGCCAUCACGGCCGAGAGCCUGCGGCGGAGCGCGGGGGCCGUGCUGGGCGUGGAGGGGAUGACGGCCGAGGAGGCGCAGGUGAUGGUGGGCGAGGGCGACCACGACGGCGACGGCGCGCUCAGCGAGCAGGAGUUCUGCGUGCUCAUGGUGCGGCUCAGCCCCGGCAUCAUGGCCGACGCCGAGGGCUGGCUCGAGGAGGCCAUCGCCGACGAGCUGCUCCCGCCGCCGCCGCCGCCCGCGCCGGCCGCCUGAGCGGUCACCGGCAUAGCUAGCCAUCUCGAUUGUUAUGUACUACUACUUGCAUCGAUACUGACUUGUACGUAUGUUUGUUGUAUCGCCGCCGUGUAGCCGCCGUUGUUUGAGUGUUCGUACGUACAUGGUGAUGCUCUCCGAGGCUUUGAGCUUUGCUUUAUUGAUUAAUUUAGCUCGUGCAUGGACUUUUUAGUUCA